AUGAAACCGCGGCCUUUCGAAGCCGUCGAUUUGUUCUUGCUGCUAGCUAGAAGGCCUCAUUCACAAUGUCUACGCUCAUGGCGACCGCAAGUGCAAUUCCUUCGAGCAGCCUCGAGCGACACUCGGCCACCACGAACACCACGAGCUACUGUCGCAUCAAACUCCGGCAUCCCUCUUAACGUCGGUCUCGACCGGAAUCCCGAUCAUGUCUCAGCUAUCUCGCGUAUUCCGAUCCCUAGAGGUGCGAAAGGGGAGGUAUUUACGCCAUCUGUGCUAGCCCGACCGCUUGGUUUGCGCAACCCUCCACGACCAGGCGACAAUAGUCCACUGGACAAACGGACCCUAGAGCAACGGAGAAGCGACUUUACUGAUCCGGAGAAGGCAAAAAUCAGACAGCGAGUCCUAAUGCGAUCCUACUUCCGACCCUACUAUCAAGAGCGGAAUCGCGCAAAGCAUUAUCGGGGAAAGAGCUUCGUGUCUAACGAGAGGUUAUUCAAGCGUGAAAAAGCAUUAUAUUUCCCUAAUAUCUUUGGUCGUACAUUAUCGAAAGAGGGCGAUGGCCCAGAUGGUGGUCGUGACCUUGCACCGCUCCUAAAUGGCAAAAUCUCCGUUGUCACUUUAGAGAAAGCCGAAUGGGCGCAUGAGCAGGUCGAGACAUUUGUCGGCACAAAAGCCAACCCCGGACUGCAGUCGAUCAUUGACUCUUCCAAUGGCCUGGUACAGCGCGUGUCCGUGAACAUGCAGGACUCGGUUCUGGAUAUGUGGCUGGUGCGAUUGUUCCAAUAUCGAAUUCGCCAGAAGACCCCUCGAGAUCAAUGGUCGAGAUAUUUCCUCAUUCAGCUGCCACGCGACAUCAGAAAAGGCCUGACGGAAGACGUCAGAGACGCCAUGGGCUUGCUGAACUCGCAAGUUGGGUACGUGUACCUGGUCGAUUCCUCCGCCAAAAUUCGAUGGGCCGGCAGUGGCGACGCCUGGGAUGGUGAGGUGGCUGGUAUGAAUGCAGCCAUAGAGCGUCUAGUAGAGGAAGAGCGAUCCUUGCCAACGACUGCUCGGAGAAUCGACUCGACUAGCUCUGCGCCCCAGGAGGAACUCGUCCGGAACAUAUCGCGUCCCACCGCUGCAGUGAUGUGA